AUGGCCUCUCUCCUGGAGGCGCGGAACUGGACCAACAGUGCCGGAGGUGCGGGCGCCCACGCCUUGGAGAACCUGAGCGCCACGCUAGUGGCUGGAGCUGCUGCAGAAGCCAUGGAGCCUGAGGGACGGCAUCUGCUGAUCCCAGGCAACAACCUGUCUGCUUCCUCCGCUCCAGCUCUGGGACUCCCCAUGGCCUCCCUGGCGCCUUCCAGGGCCAACUUCACCAACCAGUUUGUGCAGCCGUCCUGGCGCAUCGCGCUCUGGUCCCUGGCAUAUGGUGUGGUGGUGGCUGUGGCUGUCUUUGGAAACCUCAUCGUCAUCUGGAUUAUCUUGGCCCACAAGCGCAUGAGGACAGUCACCAACUACUUUCUUGUGAACCUGGCUUUCUCCGACGCCUCCAUGGCUGCCUUCAACACCUUGGUUAAUUUCAUCUAUGCGCUUCACAGCGAAUGGUACUUUGGAACCAACUACUGCCGCUUCCAGAACUUCUUCCCUAUCACAGCGGUGUUCGCCAGCAUUUACUCUAUGACAGCUAUCGCGGUGGACAGGUACAUGGCCAUUAUUGAUCCCUUGAAGCCAAGACUAUCUGCCACAGCUACUAAAAUUGUCAUUGGAAGUAUUUGGGUUCUAGCAUUUCUGCUUGCCUUCCCUCAAUGUCUUUACUCUAAAACAAAAGUCAUGCCGGAACGAACUCUUUGCUAUGUGCAAUGGCCAGAAGGUCCCAAGCAACAUUUCACUUAUCACAUUAUUGUUAUUAUACUGGUGUACUUUUUCCCAUUGCUCAUCAUGGGUAUCACAUAUACCAUCGUUGGAAUUACUCUUUGGGGAGGAGAGAUCCCAGGAGAUACCUGUGACAAGUACCAAGAGCAACUAAAAGCUAAAAGAAAGGUUGUAAAAAUGAUGAUCAUUGUUGUGGUGACAUUUGCCAUCUGCUGGCUGCCCUAUCAUAUUUACUUCAUCCUCACUGCAAUCUAUCAACAACUGAACAGAUGGAAAUAUAUCCAGCAGGUUUACCUGGCUAGUUUUUGGCUGGCAAUGAGUUCAACCAUGUACAACCCCAUCAUCUACUGCUGUUUAAAUAAAAGGUUUCGAGCUGGCUUCAAGAGAGCAUUUCGCUGGUGUCCUUUUAUCGAAAUGUCUAGCUAUGAUGAGCUGGAGCUCAAGACCACCAGGUUUCACCCAACCAGGCAAAGCAGCCUGUACACUGUGACCAGGAUGGAGUCCAUGACAGUGGUGGUUGACACUAGUGAUGCAGACAGCUCUAAAUCCAAUAGGAAGAAGAAAGUGAUGCCAAGAGACCCGACCUUCAACAGCUGUUCCGGCAGGAAUUCCAAAUCUGCCUCCACGACUUCAAGUUUCAUAAGCUCACCCUAUACCUCUGUGGAUGAAUAUUCCUAA